AUGGCGGAUACAGAAGCAACAGCAGGUGAACACGCAGAGGCUAGUUCUCAAAGCGCAUCCUCAAGUCCCUGGUGGAAAAGAGUGUUAAAGCCAUUGUCUGCCAAUGAUGUGGAGUUCAAUCAAGACAACAUUAACUAUCGCUCCAAGUCAACCUUGGGAAUUCUCAGUGACAAGGAAACUGAUGAAGUACCUGGAACGGUGCUUCUGCUAUCGUCAAACCGCAAUGAGCCAUUGGGGCUGAGGCAUCAGCCGCAGCGGACAUCCCGCUCGUCCCUCCCAUCUCCAUAUCCCCCGUCGCGUUCAUCUUCGCGUACCUCGGCAAAAGGUCGGCCGUCCAAGAAGAAGACCGCGGAUGGACAGAUCGUCUUAGAACCACAGCCUGACGAUUCGAUGAACGACCCGUUAAACUGGCCGGUCUGGCGUCGAGAUGCCGCAUUGUUAUCGCUGGGCUUUUAUUGUCUGAUGGGGGGUGGAAUGACCACGAUCCUGGCCGCUGGUUUCACGCAGGUCGCGGAUACCUAUGAUGUGUCCACUCAGCAGGUGGCCUACACUACAGGUCUGUAUAUGUUGGGCCUCGGAGUGGGAUCCGUCAUCAUGUCGCCGACCGCGAUUCUGUAUGGAAAACGGCCGGUCUACCUUCUCGGCGCCACACUGUUCGUUAUCUCCGGCAUCUGGUGUGCCCUCUCUCCCAAUUACCCCAGUCUUGUCAUUGCCCGCGUUUUCCAAGGAAUCGCCGUGAGCCCGGUGGAGUGUCUACCCUCCGCGACCAUUGCCGAGAUUUACUUUUUACAUGAGCGGGCCUACCGAGUUGGGAUUUAUACCCUUCUCCUGUUGGGAGGGAAGAAUUUGAUUCCUUUGGUGAGUGCUGCCAUUAUCGGCAACUUGGGCUGGCGUUGGGUGUUCUGGAUUGUUGCUAUAGUGGUGGGGGCGUGCCUGGUCCUGUUGUUUUUCUUUGUGCCGGAAACGUUCUGGGAUCGGCAUUCGCGGGCGCCGACGCAUGCACAGCGACUCGAAGACGAUGUUCCGGAGACUAAUACCAAAUCCGCGCUGCCCAAGAAAUCCAAGAAGGGCCAUGUUGGAUUCGUAGAGGACCCUGAUACAGAAGCUCAUUCUCCCGACGAAAAGGACGCGGCGGCAGACCAUGACCGGGACUCGAUAGCGCCGGAUGCCCCAGGCGAGGAUCGUGUGCACUUCGCCCGCAGCGCCGAUCCGGAGAAGGCAGACGGGUUUCUCCAACCCCCUGCUCCUGUCGCUCCUGGCCCCGAGCGUCCAUCCGACCUGGAAGUUGGCCGCCAGGCUGCCAUAUCUCCCGCUCGCAGCGAUUCGCUUGAUCCAAGCGGCCCGAUGAAUAGAUCGAUGCAUUAUACGAAUUGGCUUCGGGAGCGACCCCAGAUGCCAUAUCUACACUAUCUCCGGGUUUGGAACGGUCGAAUUUCCCAUGACAACUGGCUACGAGUGGCCGUGCGCCCGUUCAUUCUAUUUGCCUACCCGGCCGUGCUGUGGUCGGCAGUUGUUUACGCGCUCUCGGUCGGAUGGUUGAUUGUCCUCUCAGAGUCUGUCGCAAAGGUCUACGAAACGCGAGACACUUACAACUUCAGCGCCUUGCAAGUAGGACUCGUGUAUAUCUCGCCGUUUGUGGGAGGCUUACUGGGGACCGCCGUGGCCGGAAAGGUCUCCGAUGUGAUUGUCCGAUACAUGACCCGCCGUAAUGGCGGCGUCUACGAACCGGAGUUUCGGCUGGUGAUGGCGAUCCCCAUCGCACUAUCGACCACGGCGGGUCUUAUGGGAUUUGGAUGGAGCGCCGAGGAGAGGAAUGCAUGGAUUGUGCCCACAGUCUUUUUCGGAUUGGUUUCGUUUGGAUGUUGCCUGGGUAGCACGACGUCCAUCACGUUCUGCGUCGACAGUUAUCGCCAAUAUGCUGGCGAAGCCUUGGUGACUCUGAACUGGAGCAAGAAUGUAUUCCACGGAUUGGUCUUCUCGUUAUUCAUUGUCGACUGGCUGAACGGGCAAGGGUCUCAGACCGUGUACUUGGCCCUGGGUGGGAUUCAAUUGGGAUGCCUUCUGUUUACGAUCCCCAUGUACAUUUAUGGCAAGCGGCUUCGGAUGUGGACCGUCCGGAAACGCCUGAUGGAGCAAUGGUAG